GAGCAGCUGUUGCGCACAACACACCGUUAAAGAUUUAGACAUAUGCGUCUGUUAGGGCGGGAUACAUUUGAUUCGAGCGAAAUAAAUAUAAAUUAGACUCAUCAAAAUGUUCGGUUUAUUUAAUUUUUGGAAUUUAGCAGCCUCCUCGACACCGACGUCGAGAAAUCGCCGAACCGUUGAGAGUCCCGAAGGAAACGCAUCCAUUGAGAAUUUUGGCAGUGACGAGAACAGUAACAUUGUCCAUUCUGAUAACAAUGAGAGUAGUGCACAGCAAGACAGCGACAUGAAUGGAAGCACUCCCAACACCAGCACCGUGAAUGUAAGCACCAGCGGCUCGUCGUCGCGUGCAGCUGGUGGAACUCCUGAUUCUCCUCCAGUUUUGAGAACCGGUCGUAAUAAUGGAACCAAUGGUCUAGGUAGGAGAGUAGGAGAACGUGAUUGGGAGUCGGUUCGCUUCGCUUCGCCGCCCAGAAUCAUAAGAGCGCGUUUCAGCCCUGCUCCAGGUGCUAACCCUCGACGGCCAGUGGAUUCGAUUAAUCUUUCGGACAGUGAUAAUACGAGUCCGCCAAGACCUCGCACUCCUGUUGCGUUUAUAGAUCUAAGCACCCCGGAAAACCCUCGCCGUCGUGCGCUUUUUGCUCGUCGCAGCAACAAUCAAGAGCGGGUACCUAUGGCCCCGCCCGGCCCGGUUGUUGCAUCUACCCCUUCGUCGUCAAGCAACAACAGCUCAACAGAUGAUGUUUAUAGAUGCCCGGUUUGCUUUGAAAGUGUCCGCGGCCGUGAGCCGGCAUCUACCGAGUGCGGUCACGUUUUCUGCCACGCUUGCAUCGUGGCUGCGGUCCGUGCGACCAAAAAAUGUCCACUAUGUAACGAGAAAUUGACUUUGCGUCGUAUUUUUCGUAUUUAUUUCUAGAUCAUGUGACUUCGCAUUGAAUGCGUUUGUCCCUUACAAAAGAUAUUCAAAUUUGGAUGUAAAGAAUUAAUGAUUUCAUGAUAUCCAAACUUAAAUGUAUUUACUAUCAUUCCUAAUUUAGUUAAUAACUUUAAUAUUUAUUAAUU